ACUACAUGUCCUUUUCAUUCCACAGUUGAACUCAACUGUUUGCAGGAACAAAAUCUCACUUUCCGCUCGUUUUCAUUUGAUUCAUCUCUACAUCUCUUUCUUAAGAGAGUUUGGGGUUUUCCAGUCUUCGAAGUUUCCAUCUUCUUAUUCGGACUCCGUGGACGUCGAUCACCCAUCCAAUCGAACCACCACGAUGCGAUCUCCAUUGUCCCAUCCGCUCCGCCGUCUUCGAACGGCAUUCUCCCCUUCACCAUCCCACCGCCGCCGCCAAACGGCCUCCCCAGACCCCGUUCGCCACUCCCCCACCUCCUCAUCCUCUCCGCUCUCACACCCGGGGAGCUCUUCCCCCUCGACCAGUUCCCUCGAUAUAUAUCAUGAUGGCCCACCCCGUCAUCCGUCCGCCUCGCACAACAUCAACACGAUAAACGGCACCACAGCCCACCCCUUACCAGUUCCAACCUCCGCGAAAGCCCGCGCAAUCCUCCCACCGAGUACCCCCACGGAUCUAAGCAUGAGUCCAACCGACACCGUCUCCAACGCAUCCUUCUCUCCGGCAUCGGCCGUGUCUGUCAGCUCGUUCUCCCCGUCCUCUGCAUUUGCGUCGGGCGGAUUCCACGUCUCGCAGGGCGCGAAGUACGCGUCCCAUCGGUUGCGGGGGAUGCUCGCCAUCCGGAGGCAACCUAGCGGUCUGGAUCUGGAGCUAGAGGAGGAGAAGAGGGAUUUCGGGGGGGUUUUGGAGAGGGUGAUAGAGCCCCGGCCGGAUGUGGGGACGAGAGUGGUGGCUGGGUGGGAGAUGGUUUUGGAAGGCAAGGCAUGAGUGUCGAACUUGAAGACGGACUUGAUCUUUUCUCCGACCAAUUGGUGGGGUGGCUCUGAUGAGUGAUUUGCGCUUACACGGGAGGCAUAAAUGGUUGGGCUUAAUUGGACCGGAUAGGUCUUUUCUUAAGAGCAGGGCGGCGCACGGCAGCUGUUUCAUUAUGAUGGUCGAUGAGUUAUGAGAACUCACCUACCUCGACUUCAAUUCGGUUGAUCGCAGGUUCAACGGUUCAUA